AUGACAGAGCAAACCUCCAAGCCAUACUCCCUGGAUGGCAAGGUCGUCCUUGUCACAGGCGCCAGUAAGCCUGACGGUUUGGGCGCUGCAUUUGUGCGCGCAGCUGUGAAGAAGGGAGCGGCGAAAGUCUAUGCCACGGGCCGCAAGGUGGAAGCAGUUGAUUUCCUGGUGAAGGAGUGUGGUGACAAGGUGGUGGGAAAGGAGUUGGAAGUGACAAACUCCGCAAGCGUCCACGCACUUGCGGAAAGCUGCAAGGAUUUGCAAGUCCUCAUCAACAGCGCUGGCUAUAUGGGUCAUGGCGGAGACACACUCCUUGGUGGACCCAUGGAUGAGGCUGAGCGCAGAAAGGUUUUCGAUGUGAACAUAUGGGGAGCCUUGUCCGUCUCGCUUGCGUUCGCACCCAUCCUGAGCGCCAACACCGAUUCCAGUCUCAUUGUUGUCUCCUCUGUGGGUGCCUUCACUAACUUUGGCGGCUCCAUGGCAAUCUACAAUGCCACCAAUGCUGCAAAAGAUGUGCUCACCGCUGGGCUUUCAGCAGAGUUGGCUGGGAAGGUCCGUGUUGGUAGCAUCUACCCCGGCCCUGUCAAGACCGACAUGCUCAAGAAAGGGGUGGUGGAUGAUCCGAAGCAGGCAGGAUACCUAGAUACUGCUGCAGAACCGCAAGAGUUCGCUGAUGCAGCCAUGGCUUAUUUGGAAGCCCAUGGCCCAGAGGGUGGCAUCUUCGGCGAUGAGCUGGGCAAAAUGUGCAAAGUGAUCCGUGAUGCAACCCAUGCCAAAGCAUCAGAACUUGAGAUGAUGGCCUAUUGA